AAAAAAAAGGCUUUGAAAGCAACGAGACAUAUUCAUAUUUCACAAGAAGCCACCGCCACCACACUCUCACACACCUUUGUUUUCAUCUCCACAACUCACCAUCUUCCCCAAAUUGUUGUUAUGUCAGAAAAUAUAAACGGUGAUCAAAAUGGUAAUUACCAUGAUCAUGAGUCACCUGAUAUCAUCGGAGACGAAACCUCGCGACACGCGUGGCGGAGAGUCAUGUCGCCCGAAAUUGUGGAGGUUGAAGAGCAGGAAAGCCGGACCGAACAUGUCGAAGGGGUCGAUGUUUAUGUCGCGGUCGGGAAAAACGAUAUGGAUGUUGUGAAAUGGGCUGUUGAUCAUGUUGUUGUUCCCGGAGGUCGUGUUUAUCUUGUUCAUGUGUUCCCGCCGGUCACUCAUAUUCAGACUCCAGUUGGAAAGCUAUCUAGAAGCCAACUAAGCAAAGAACAAGUCCAGAUAUACAUAAACGAAGAGAAUAACAAAAGAAGAAGCCUCUUACAAAAGUAUAUACGUCUUUGCACAGAUGCGAAGAUAGCUGUUGAGACAAUGCUUCUCGAGAGCAAUACCACAACUAAGGCUAUUCUAGAUCUUAUUCCUGUCGUCAACAUUACCAACCUUGUCAUCGGAACUAAAAGAACACCUUCGCUAAGGCGAUUGAGAAAGGGGCCGGGCAAAGGAGAGUUCAUUAAGAAGAACGCACCCGCUUUUUGUGAAGUUUCCAUAGUUUGUAAUGGGAAACAAGUAAUGAAUGAUCAACAACUACAAGUUACAGGAGUAACUCCUAAUGUGCCCACAACAAGUCAAAAUGGAUUAAGAGUCGCUCAUUCACAAGUAGAACGGAAAUUUUUUGAGUGUGCUUGUUUUUCAAGCAAAAUUGAUUGAUUUUUUUUCUACAUGUAGAAUAUAUACAUGAAGAAUAAUGAUAUUACUUGCAGCCCUAGUAUAAUAUGAUUCAUUUAAAUUAUUAUUUCACA